GACGCACCAAUGACCUUGCUGUGACCUUUGUCCUGUGCGACUGGACAUCUUCCUGUGCCUCAUACUUGCUGUUCAACCUCAUGCCUCUUCAGUAUCAGCAGCUGGCAAAGCUGUCACAUCCCAAGGGUCACUCCGAUGGCAUAGCGAUGGUCGCGUUCAGCCCAAGCGGGCUGCUCUUGGCUUCCGGCGGGUUGGACGGUCGCCUCUGUGUCUGGGAUGUCGACUCUGGUAAGCUGCGCUAUGUAUUCUCCGGGAAGAGUGCAGUCCUUUCGAUGUCAUGGGAUCUGCUGGGUGAUGAGCACAUCGUGUGUGGGAUGGAAGACGGUACCAUCGCUUCGAUGACAAUGUCCGGCGAUUCGAUUAGCGUCUCCGGUUUCUGGGCGCACCGAAGUCCUGUUGAACGCCUAGCUUACAAUGGGACAUAUCUGGCAUCUGGUGCACAAGAGGAGCUCGCGGUAUGGUCGCGCUCCGGGAAAGAAUCAUGGAAAUUGGUCUCCGAGGCUGGCCCGCCACCAAAGACCUCGCACAAUACCGCGGAUGAUGUUAUAGUGACGAGUCUCCAUUGGAUUGAGACUCGUCGUCGGCCUGUUGUAUUGGUGGCCACGUAUAUGCAUCACGGUAUCAUUCUCAUUGACCAGAAGACGUGGCAACGAUUCCGUAGCAUCUCGUUUGCGGGUUCCAUUGCGGAUGCAGACCUCACAGGAGAUGCGAAGCUUCUUGGUGUAUCAAACAUGUUGAAUGGCUUCGAGGUCUUCGCGUUCAAAUCGCUGAGUGAGCUGGAGCCACUGUAUUCGUUCAAUCAAGAUGUCAGUUCAGGCUGCACAAUCCCGAUCCGCUUCAUACACGGCGGCAACGCUCUUGUCGGUGGUACGUCGGACGGAAAAAUGCAUGUCUGGGAUUUGCACACUCUCCGUAAACAGCAUCUACCUUUCAAUGGCAAUGUAGAAGUUCUAGCGAUAUCGGGUCAUUACAACCAGGAGAGAGAUGCUUUUCUGAUCGCUACCGGAGUCCUCAAUCGUGGGUCACCCUCUCCAGUCGUCCUUUGGAAGGCCCAGGAGUACGUGGAUCGCCGCCAAUUCAGUGACGUUCUAGAGAGACCAGCCAAAAGAAGCAUGCUUUCCACAGCGAUGCUUUGGCUUACUGCAAUACUCGUUAUCUACUUCAUCUCUUAGUACCUCAUGAAUUUGUACGAUAUUGCCCGUGGACCCCAAUUCUAUGUCUACGUAUACACUUGUCUAAGCUCAUUCGUUGAGCCCGUUUGUCCCUCAUGCUCAUCACAAUCACAUGUCUCGGCGCACACGUUGGCACUAUGCCGCGUGGUCUGCUCUUUGUACUUUCUCAGCUGACAUGUCUAGCCAUAUGAGG